AUGCUAAAUUUAUUAACGAAAUUUGAAAGCAAGUCUAAUCGUGUGAAAGGUAUCUCAUUCCACCCAAAGCAACCCUUGUUGGCAGCCAGUCUGCACAAUGGCUCUAUACAGCUUUGGAACUAUCAGAUGGGCACGCUAGUCGAUAGGUUCGAUGAGCACGAUGGUCCAGUCAGAGGUAUUUCAUUUCACCCCACGCAGCCGCUCUUAGCCAGCGGUGGUGACGAUUACAAGGUUAAAGUCUGGAACUACAAGACACGUCGCUGUUUAUUCACCCUUCACGGACAUCUCGACUACGUACGCACCGUCUUCUUCCACCACACACACCCUUGGAUCUUGACCGCAUCCGACGAUCAAACUAUUAGAAUCUGGAACUGGCAGUCUAGAACCUGUAUCGCUAUCUUAACUGGUCAUAACCACUAUAUCAUGUGUGCUCAAUGGCACCCUACAGACGAUCUAGUCGUAUCCGCAUCAAUGGAUCAGACAGUUAGAGUUUGGGAUAUCUCCGGUUUGAGGAAGAAGAAUACCACUGCAUUCCCCCUCUCUUUCGAAGAGCAAAUCCAGAGAGCGAAUACAGGCCAAACUGAUCUUUUCGGCAGUAUGGACGCAACAACAAAGUUUGUUUUAGAGGGUCAUGAUAGAGGUGUCAAUUGGGUCACUUUUCACCCAACUCUCCCUCUCAUUCUCUCUGCUGGUGAUGAUCGCCAGAUAAAACUUUGGAGAAUGUCAGAUACCAAAGCAUGGGAAGUCGACACUUGCCGUGGCCAUUUCAAUAACGUUUCUUCCGCUCUCUUUCACCCUCGUCACGAGCUUAUAAUUUCUAACGGUGAAGACAAGACAAUCAGAGUCUGGGAUAUGUCCAAGCGCGCAGCAGUUCAGACGUUCAGAAGAGAAAAUGACAGAUUUUGGGUUCUUACUGCUCACCCUGAACUUAACUUAUUCGCAGCUGGCCACGAUAAUGGUCUAAUUGUCUUCAAACUUGAGCGUGAAAGACCCGCAUUCGCACUUCAUCAAAAUAUGCUCUACUAUGUCCGCGACAAGAUUGUUCGUCAGCAUGACCUCUCUACCGGAGCUGAUGCUGCCCUUCUUUCUAUCAAAAAGCUUGGUAAUGCUUACACUCCACCACGUUCUUUGAGCUUUAAUCCAGCUGAGAGAAGUGUGCUUGUAGCAUCACCAGCAGACAAUGGCACUUACGAUUUAGCUGCUUUACCAAGGAAUCUUCCAAAUGAGGAUGAUCUCGCUGAUUCGUCAAUCGACGGUAGACGCGGUACAGGUCAAAAUGCUGUCUUUGUCGCUCGCAAUAGAUUGGCCGUACUCAAUAAGGAGGAGCAAAGCAUAGAAAUUAGAGAUUUGUCAAAUAACCUCACCAAAUCUGUUAAAUGUCCAGUACAAACGAACGAGAUUUUCUACGGUGGUACAGCAACACUUCUCCUCGCAGGUCCAACGCAAGUAGUCUUAUUCGAAAUUCAACAGCAAAAUGUUUUAUCAGAGCUUACUUGUCCACCUGUCAAGUAUGUCGUCUGGAGUGCCGAUAACUCGAUGUUGGCCUUAUUGAGCAAGCACACAAUUACUUUGGCCAAUAAAAGCCUCACUUCUAGUAGUCUCAUCCACGAAACUAUCAGGAUAAAAAGUGCAUCUUUCGAUGAGAAUGGUAUCUUGAUUUAUACAACAUUAAACCAUAUCAAAUAUGCUUUACCACAAGGUGACAAUGGUAUUAUAAAAACAUUACAACAACCUGUCUACCUUGUCAAGGUUAAAGGAAAGACUGCAUACUGUCUUGACCGUUCAGCCAGACCAAGGAAAAUUGAGAUCGAUCCUACUGAAUACAGGUUUAAAUUGGCCCUUAUCAAAGGAAAUUAUGACGAGGUACUACACAUUAUUAGAACAAGUACUUUGGUCGGUCAGAGUAUCAUUGCUUACCUCCAAAGAAAGGGCUACCCAGAGAUUGCAUUACACUUUGUUCAGGACAAAUCUACAAGAUUUGAUCUUGCUAUAGAGUGUGGUAACUUAGACGUUGCUCUCGAAGAAGCUAAGGGUAUAGAUAGGGAAGACGUAUGGGAGCGUUUGAGUCAACAAGCACUCAAACAAGGUAACCACAAGAUUGUCGAAAUUGCGUACCAAAAAACCAAGAACUUUGACAGAUUGUCAUUCCUAUACCUGACAACUGGACAUACAGAAAAGCUGAAAAAGAUGCAGAAGAUUGCUGAUAUGCGUGGUGACCAAAUGUCCAGAUUUCAUAACUCUCUCUACCUUGGUGAUGCUGAAGCACGCGCCAGAAUUUUGAUCGAUGUUGGUAUGCUUCCACUUGCUUACAUGACAGCAAAAUCAAAUGGUUUGAAUGAUAUCGUUACAGAAAUUGCUGCAAUGGAUGGUGUAGAUGAAAGCAAGUUGGCAAAAAUACCAGAAGGUCAACACAACUUACAACCUCCAACUGUGGUUAACAAAACAUAUGAAGAAAAUUGGCCAUCACUCAGCAGUCAGGAAAGCUACUUUGAUAAGGCAUUAGAAAAAGUACUUGAUCAAGGUGAAGACGUUAAUCAAUUGGAUACUUUGGAUGAAUGGGCAAACCCAGAUGAAUAUGCAGGUGGUGUUGAUGCACCUGCAGAUGGAGCAGUUGCUGAGCAAGUCGAAGGUGACGCAUGGGAUUUGAGCGAUGAUGAUGUUCCUGUUGAAGAGCCAGAAGAAGAGGAAGAAGAAUUUGUCAAUGCAACAACUGAAGUUACAGGUGAUAUAACUGCAGAGGAAGCCAUUGCUGCAGCACCAGGUUUAUCCGAAGCAGAAAUUUGGACUAAAAACUCUCCAUUGGCAGUCGAUCAUAUCGCAGCUGGAUCAUUUGACAGCGCAAUGCAAUUACUUCAUCGUCAAGUAGGUGCAGUUAACUUUGAACCUUUAAAGCCACUCUUUAUGGAAAUUUAUCAAUCAUCAAGGUUAUUUGCACCAACAAAUGCUAAUCAGAUACCUAUCAACGUCUACUUGCGUCGUGAUCCAAGAACCUCUGACCCAAAGAAAUUCUUGCCAUCCAACAAUACCUUGACGUUGCAAUCUAUUGCAUCAAAUGAGUUGCAAGAAGGAUAUAGAUUAUUCAAGGCGGGUAAAUUUGUCGAGUCAGCCUCAGCAUUUAGGAAUAUUUUGGUGAAGAUGCUGUUGGUAUCGGUGUCUAAUGAGGAAGAAGCAAAGGAUGUUCGCGACAUAAUAAAUGUUUCCCGUGAAUACUUAAUUGGUCUUACGCUCGAAAUCGAGAGAAGAAGAUUAGUAGCUGAGGAACCUAGCAACACUACUCGUAUACUGGAAUUAGCUGCCUACUUCGCUGAGUGUGAAUUGCAAUCUGCACACUCACAGUUAGCCUUGAGAUCAGCGGCCAACUCAUUCGAAAAGGCUGGUAACACAAUUACAGCUGGAUAUUUCGCUAAGAAGCUUCUCGACCUGUCACCAACAGCUCCAAAUGUUGUUGCUAAAGCUAAAAGUCAAGUAAACGGUGCAGAACGCAAUCCACGAUCUACCGUUCAAAUUGACUUUGAUGAAAAAUCCAACUUCCACGUAUGUCCUGCAUCUCUCACACCAGUAUAUGAAGAUCAAGAAUUUGUUGAAGAUACCUACACUGGCGCAAUUUACCACGCAAAAUAUGCAAAUUCUAUUUGUUCGUUGACGGGAAUAAACAGAAUAGGCUCACAGAGUACUGGUCUCCGCUCAUUUGUUUAA